AUGGCAAACCUAGCAAAACUUGUGGAGGUCGCCCCUGAGGCGGUCCAGUCUUUGGAGGCGAAGCUGAGGGCGCGCGAGACCUCGCUGCCCGAAAAGUACCGCGUUCUGUUCUCCCUUCGCAACAUCGACGGCAAGGGGGCACACGAUGCUCUCGCCCUAGCCCUGCGCGACGGCUCAGCGCUGUUUCGGCAUGACGUGGCGUUCUGCAUGGGGCAGCGGCAGGACCCGGCAGCAGUGGAGGUGCUGCAGGCAGUCCUUGCCGACACGUCUGAGCACCCCAUGGUCCGCCACGAGGCAGGCGAGGCGCUCGGCGCGAUUGGCCGCCCCGAGUGCCUCGACUCUCUCCGCCGCCACGCGCGCGACGCGGCGCCGGAGGUCGCAGAGACCUGCCAGCUGGCGCUGGAGCGGAUCGAGUUCCUGCAGCAGGCCGGCCCCGCGGGGCUGCGGGGCGGCGAUUCCCCUUACAUGUCGGUCGACCCGACGCCGCCGUUCCCGCUUGAAACGCCCAUGGAGCAGCUGCGGCAGAUACUGCUGGACCCGAACCAGCGCAUGUUUGACCGCUACCGCGCGCUGUUCGCGCUGCGCAACCGCGGCGGCGACGAGGCGGUGGCCGUGCUGUGCGAGGCGUUUGGCGCGGCGAGCGCCCUCCUGAAGCACGAGGUGGCGUACGUGCUGGGGCAGCUGCAGCACCCCCUGUCGGUGCCGACGCUCGGGCGCGUACUGCGGGACCAGCGCGAACACGCCAUGGUGCGCCACGAGGCCGCCGAAGCGCUCGGCGCCGUCGCAGACCCCGGCUGUGUCGCGCUGCUGCGCGCGCACGCUGCUGACGCAGAGCCCAUUGUUGCACACAGCUGCGUGGUGGCGCUGGACGUUUUGGAGCACGAGGCCAGCGGGGCCUUCGAGUACUGCGCCGCGGUGGGUGGGCCGGCCGGCGCGGCCGGGGGUGCGGCGGUCGCGGCGCACUGA